AUGAGUGAUUCAGAUUCAGAUGAUUAUGAAGUCAAUAAUUUCAUCUAAUCAUUUAAUAAUAAAUAAAGAAAAGAAGGAAUAGAUAAUUUUAAUCCUUAUAAAUAGAAUGGUUCUAUGUUAGAUGAUAAAUAUGGAAAAUAAUAUUAGAAUAUAUAAGACAAAUUCAAUCCUAAAUAUCCAUUAAUGAAUGGAAAAGAUUUUGAUCAUAGAAUUGAAAAAAAGAAGAUUAAUUCUUAUUGGACUAUUGGUGAAGAUGUUCUUUUGUUAUAAUUGGUUGAACGCUUUAAAACAGAAGAUUGGAAACUCAUAUCAGAUAAAAUAAAAACCAAAGAUCAUAUUGAAUGUUCGAGAAGGUAUACUAUGAUUAGAGAACCAGAAGAGUUUGAAGAUGAAGAAGAAGAGGUAGAUCUAACAUGGACACCAAAAGAAGAUUCUCUUUUAAUUUUUACAUAUCGCAAACAUAAAGGAAACUGGAUUAAGAUUUAGUAAAGAUUUCCACAUAGAGAUAGACCAUCACUUUAAAAAAGAUGGUCUGAAAUAGCAUAUAUAUAAUAAUAAGCACCUACUAUAUUUUGGGAUAUUGAAAGAGAUACUCGAAUUAUUUCUAAUUUCUUGAAUUCUGCUAAAUUUAAUGAUAUUGCUUCUGAUUUAAGUAUUAAAGAGGAGUCAAUUGAAAAUAGAUUUCAUUUCAUAAUAGCCAAAUUAAGUGGUUAACUUGAAAAAAGAGGAGUCAAAGUAGAAUUACCUAAAAAGGUUUUAGAUUCCAUUUAAUUUCCUGAAACUUAAGGAUAAUUAACAAUACAAACAAAAUAAUAAACUGUAGAUAUUCCUAAUGAUUAACAUUAAUAAAAUGAUAAAUUUACUAUUGAUGAUAUUUUGAAUGAUUAAAAACAUUAAGAAUUAAAUGGUGGAAUAAACAGUAAAAUUGAAAAUUAAACUAAAUUUGAAUUGCCUAUUUAAUAAACAUAAAUUUUAACUCAUAUCAAUGAUUAAAUUAAAUUGAAUGAUGAAUAAAUAACAUAAAAUAAUCAUUAAGAUACUCAAUAAACAUAAGAAGAAUAGAAAUUAGGAGAAUAGAAAGAAAGAUUAUUAAUAAAUGAAACUCUUUUAAUGAUAAAAAAAAGUUUAGAACAAUAGAAUUAACACUUUGAUUCCUUAUAUGAUAUUAAAGAUCUAUUAUUAUAAAAUGUAAUAUGA